AUCCAACGGACCAAAUGCAAGGGAAACAAGCACCUCGCAGCACCGAAGCACUCCUUUGGCACUCUCGGCGUACUUGUCCCCAAGAAUCUAAUCUGCAACCCCCACCCACUUUCCCCGCUCCUUCGUCUUUCUUUUGGUCUUUAUUGGCCGUAUCGGACCUCUAAUUCCAAACCCAAACCCUAUGGCUGAAACUCCAUCCCAGACGCCGCCGCCGCCGCCGCGAUCUGCGUCUGAGGCCGAGACGGAGACGAUGGAGUACUGGUGCUACCACUGCAACAAACGCGUCUCCAUCGAAACCGUGGCGAAUCUCCCUGACAUCGUUUGCCACGAGUGCAAGAAUGGUUUCGUCGAAUCCAUCCCGGCCGCGUCAUAUCCGCAGUGGGAUCCUCCUUCCCGAUCGUCCGAUCAGGUCGAUGACCCGACUUUCGGCUCUCCAUUUCUCCAGGUGCUGAGGCUAAUCGCUCAGGCGGCGCGUGAGGAGGAUGCGCCCCCGCCGCAGCCUGAAAACCCCUCGCUUGAUGACGAUUUCUUUAGGAUUGAGAUGGAGGGGUGGGACAACGACGAGGACGAGGACGACGAAGAUGCGCACAGUGUCGAGUUUCACAACCACGACGGCGAGGAUAACGAAGAAGCUGGAGAGGAAGUAGAAGAGGAGGAGGAGGAGGAAGAAGAAGAAGAUAGAUCGGAUAACGAGGAUGAAGAGAAUCAGGAAGAUCAGCAAGAGAGAGAUGAAGAAGACAUGCGACGACAUCGUCGAGACGUGCUUCGUCUCCACAUCCGAGAGAUUGCAACCCGAGCGAGCAGCGGGAGGAACCGGAUUCUGGAUUGGGCCGAGAUCUUGAUGGGGCUGGAGGACAAUUCGAUCGAAUUCCGGCUCGAAAUGCCCGAAUCGGACCGGUACAUCGGCAAUCCCGAGGAUUACGUGGACGCAGCCGGCUAUGAGGCUUUGCUGCAGACCUUGGCUGAGAGCGAUAAUGCUGGAAGGAGAGGGGCUCCACCGGCGGGGAAGAAUGCUGUGUCGGAGUUACCAUCGGUCAAGAUUGCGGCAGAGGAUGAGGCCGUGGUGUGCGCCAUAUGCAAGGACAUGGUGAAUGUUGGUGACAUGUCGAAGAAGCUGCCGUGUGGGCAUGGUUACCACGGCGAUUGCAUCGUUCCUUGGCUGAGUUCCAGAAAUACUUGCCCGGUUUGCCGGUUCGAGCUGCCAACCGAUGAUCCGGAAUACGAGGAGGAGAGGAAGAAGCGAGCUGUGUCUGUUAGCGCGGCUGGAGCUUCCAGUUCUGGCGGAGAUAAUUCAAUCUCUCAUUGAUUGAAAUCGAUGUGUGUUUAACUACCUAGACGUUUUCCAUUUCUCCGACAGAUGCGGUUGAGGUUUGUCUCCGUUUCUUGAAUUAGAGUAGUAGCAAUACCAGUAAACUUACUCAAUAGUUCAGAAUUGUAGGAUUGCCGUUAAGCGAGCUGCAUGUUCAUAGAUAUCAAGUGUUGUUUCUUAGUAGGUAGCAGUAAGUCUUGCAAUUUGAGUAGUGUGUGUGAUCCAGAUUCCCGAUGAUACUGAACAAAUCGGUGAAAGAGUUUGCCGUUUUAGGACCUUCCAAUUCGAUUAGCGACUUGCCUGCGUUUGGCUUGGAAUUUAUGGCAGUAAGCAGGGUUCUUUUCUCUUGUUAUUUCAGUGACUUGCCUACGUUACUGUACUAGUAAAACAAAGCAACUUUUAUUUUUUAGCUCGU